AUGGGGCUGCACUACGAGCAGUACGACGUGCGUGGGCGCGAGAGCUCGCUGAGCCGCAAGUACUCGCCGGAGCACGUUGUCGUGGCCAAUCCAGAGAGGGCGAAGCGGAGGCAGGGGAGCACCGAUGAGUGGGACUGGGACUGGGACUUCAUCGGCCGCAUGUACCUCAACGGCCAGAACGUGAGCCUGGACCUGGCCAGGUUCGGGGAGACGCUGGCCAGGAUGCACUCUCGACUGUUGCGGCAACGAGAGAGGGAGGAGGGCCCCGAGUAG